CUUCCCAUAUUUUUCCGCUCCUUUUCUUCGUCACCUUCUUCUUUCUCUCAUCAGAAAAAAAAAGAAUAAAAAGAAAAAGAGAAAAAAAUGAAGAAAUCCCCUGGCAAUCUUUUGGAUUCCGAGUUCUUGGUUCAUCGCUUCUCUUUCCUCUCCCUUCUCGUCCUCAGCUCUCUUCCAGGAAUUUCGUCAUCCAGGGUUGUUACUCUUGGUUCAAUUGAAAUCUUUAAUACUCAUGAAUGGCUACCUACAAGACCAACUAUAUAUUUUAAGUGCCAAGGAGGAAACAAGACGGUUCUACCUGAUGUGAAGAAAACACACUUCUUAUAUGUUUUCAAAGGUGAAGAGUCAUGGCAGCCGCUUACGGAGCUUCCAGAUAAGAAGUGCCAACGAUGUGGUUUGUAUGAAGCAGACGUUAUGAAACCUGACGAUACAUUUGAUGAAUGGGAGUUUUGUUCAUCUGAUUUUGUUGAUGGAAGAUACUUACGGUUUAAGGAGAAAGAGUUCAAUGCUACAUUUUUAUGUCCUGAUUGCACUGCUUCUGCUGGUUCAGAUCAAACAUUUGCCCCCACCAAAGAGCCCACGAGUCUAAAUGUGAUUACAAUAGUGUUAAUCUCGGUGCUGGCUUCUAUGGUAGCGGCUUCUCUAGCUUAUGUUGCCUACAAAUACUGGCAGAAGAGGAAAAGGGAGCAAGAUCAAGCGCGAUUCUUAAAGCUUUUCGAAGAGGGUGAUGAUAUUGAAGAUGAACUGGGUCUUGAACAUCUGUGAUAUAGAAACUUAGGUAAAGCAUGUUUGUAUAGAUUAUGUCCAAUUUUUUUUUUUUUUUUUGAGUGUACAAAUCCAGGUUACACGUAAAAAAGCUGUGUUUUGGAGUUCGAUUUGGUUCCUAGCGUUAUAUUCAACGGGAAAGAGAGAGAGUUAAGCUGCAUCGAUCUCCUUUUUGUAAUAGUCUACUUUAUUUUAAGUGAAGUGUUCACAAAUUUCUUUUUUAAA